AUGGCUGCGUCAGCGACCCACGUUGCUACAGCAGAUCUUCCUGCUAACGUUUUUAAACUUGCGCAAACGACACAACUUGAGGCACUAUACACUAUCAUACGCGACAAGAAUACAUCGAGGGGUGAUUUCAUAUUUUACACCGAUCGCAUUAUUCGCCUGUUAGUCGAAGAAGGUCUUAACCAUCUUCCCGUGAUCCCAAAGACGAUUGAGACGCCUACUGGUGUCAAAUACGAGGGAGUUGGAUUUGAGGGGCGAAUAUGUGGUGUUUCCAUUCUUCGCGCAGGGGAAGCCAUGGAGGCUGGCUUGCGGGAAGUAUGCCGGAGUGUACGCAUUGGGAAAAUUCUGAUUCAGAGGGAUGAGGAGACAGCUCAGGCAAAGUUAUUCUAUUCUAAGCUACCACCAGAUAUCGCAUCAAGAUACGUCCUCCUUCUCGACCCAAUGCUCGCAACGGGGGGAAGCGCGGUCAAGGCGGUCGAAGUCUUAAAGGAACAUGGUGUUCCAGAGAACAGGAUUAUCUUUAUCAAUCUAAUUGCCUCGCCGCAAGGGCUUUCUGCUUUUUGUCAAAAGUUCCCUCAGCUGAGAGUCGUCACAGGGUGGAUUGACCAAGGAUUGAACGAAAAGGCCUAUAUCAUCCCAGGAUUGGGCGAUUUUGGAGAGAGAAGGUCUGUACACCAUGUAAUGCGGGGUUUCCCGGAGGCAUGA